CGGCUGAAAAAAAAACAUGCAGUAACAGAUUUUAGUGUGGAUAAGAUAUUUGCAAAUCUGUUGGUUGUAUGGAAAUGCUUUCAGUUCAUCUUCCAACAUAACUUCAAACACAACGAACUAAGCUUCCAUCAAAACUCAAAGAUAUCAAUUGGCCUCAAUUGAUUACUCGAAUGGCAGCCUUCUGUCCUAUUGGUGCUUUUUGCAGCAGUAGUAAUUCGGUCAAUUCAAUUUUCGUAAACCCUAAACCAUACCGUCGAGCAAUUCCUCACAAAACGUCAUUGUUAACCAACGCAACGUCUCCUUCGUCGACUUCGUAUAAUAAUCCUCAAAAAACAAAUCAGGAAUCGAUGAGCAUCGACGCUCUUAAGCGAUUCAUCAGACUCAAUUUGGGGAACUGGACCGGUUCUUUUCACCAAUUCGAUUCAAUGGGGAAGUUGAUGCAUAAGGUGGAUACCAGGCUAUCCGCGGGAUCUUAUGGUGAAGAUGAGUUGAUUAGUUUGAUUCAGACGUUGUACAUCAAACAAUCAUCUUCAUCAAGCUACUCAGCUUCCAAAACAGAUCAUGAAGCCGAAUGGGCAGAGUACAAAAUCAAAGAAACCAACAUGUUUACUGCUGAAAAAUAUCAACAGAUUGGUUUCUUUCCCCAAGAGAAGGCAUUUGCAUUAAGGUAUCAGACAGCAGGCAUGUUAGAAACAGUAUUAAGAGAAGGAGUAUUAGGUGAAGAUGACAUUGGAGAAGCAUCACCCAAAAACCUGAAGCUUCCUUCUAAAUUACCUUCUAUUGUAUGUGAAAACUGUCUUUAUUCACUAGACAAAGAUUUGAGAGCAAGAGCAUUCCACAUAAUGGAUCCGAAAGGUAUUGUUGAGAUGCUUAUCCUUUUUCUUGAACAAAAAGGUGUUGGAGUGGUUACUCCUCCUUUUCUUGAUGAAUCUAAGGAGAAAGAAAACAGGAUCAAUCAGCAUCUUGGAACAUGGAAAGGUCACUCUGUAACAAAGCGUAGUGGUGUUUAUGGUGCCACUGAUGCUGAAGCUGACACAGUGACAUCACUUAAAAUUGAUGACAAGGGUCAGCUAAUCCAGGAUCAAACAUCAACAUACAAGGACAAAAAUGUAUCGACAAAUGUGCGAUGGACAGGCAAGAUGUCGGGUAACUUGGUGAAAUAUGAUGGUGGCUAUCAAAUCACAUUAUUACCGGGAGGCAUGUACAUGGGGUGUCCAUGUGAUGUGGGAAAACAAGUGGGUGAAGCAAAGUCUUUUCAUUUAGAGUUUUGUUGGGUCGAACCCAAAUCCCCUACAAAAAGACAGAGACUCGUUCGCACUUAUGACAUCGAUGGUUUAGCUGUUUCUUCAACUUAUUUUCUCGAGACCAAAAUGUGAUUUGCUUCUAUAGUAUUUCACUUUGUAACAUUGUUGAUUUAGGCAUUCUACUUUGAAGAAACACUUUGUAACAUUUUAGGGUUUAUAAUUUUACUUGUUGUCUUUGGUAUGUACCAAGUUGUUGUUUGAUAACCUCUAAAUGGAAUCAUCCAAUGCGGUUAAGGACCUAUACCUUCUCGUCUCUGAAGCAUUAAGAUGUUGAAAUCAUUUGAAAGGUUGUUUGAUAGCUUCUUAAUGGAACCAAUCGGAGGUGUUGUUCAGUGUGUUUGAUACGGCAUUUGAAAGUUAAGGAACCCUACAUUCUCAUUCUUUGAACCUUCGGUUUUAUCAAACAACCCUAAAAGCAUC